CACUGUCUUUUUGUUUCUGCUUUCAUGCUUGCAUCCAAAGUAAUAUGUGAUGACACUUACUCCAAUAAAACCUGGAGUAUUGUGGUGCAGGGCAUGUUCCAAUUGCACAAAAUUAACCAGAUGGAGUGCAAGAUAUGUCAGUAUCUGGAGCGAGGGCACAGUCAAGAACCUUACCCAACUUACAUUCUUCCCUCAUCAUCAAAGACAACCCCCCCUCCUACCAUGAAUUUCUUCCCUCCUCCUCCAGCCACUUUGGAUUUCAUAGGUCAAGGACCUUACCCGACUUACAUUUUUCCCUCAUCAUCAAAG